AUGAUAUCCUUCCUGUCCCCUGACUCGAAGUACGACCUCGAAUACCUCAGGGAAUGGCGAGUCUUGUACGGCCACAGUGUCAGCUUCUAUGACAAAGUCUCAGGGGCCUCGCUGGUCUCCAAAAUCUGCCAGGGCAAGCCCUUCGAGCGCGAGUGGUGGAACAAUGCCCUGUUGAACGAGGUCAAUGCCUAUCUGACGCCCAUCUUUCCGGGGAGUGGCGGCUUCUCGGUGGGUGUCGUGCUCUCCAGUAUGGCGCUGACCAUUUGGGCCUGCCAUAUUGCAGCGGAGCUGCAGAACGUCUGCA